AUGUCCAACAAAUGCGGCUCCUGCGAUAAGCCUGUCUACGCGGCGGAGGAGCGUCGUUUUGGGGACGUUGCCUACCACAAGCAGUGCUUCAAGUGCUCUCUGUGCAACAAGCCCGUAGACAGCACUACAGGAGCGCAGCACCAGCGAACCCUCUACUGCAAGACUUGCCACGGUCGCGAGUUUGGUCCCAAGGGCUACGGCUUCGGUCAAGGCGCCGGUGUCCUCAACACCGAGAAAGCCACUGGACCUGGCACUGAGGGUGGCGCUGCUAGCGGGCCCAAGUCCGGUCAGCCGAGAGCGGUGAGUCCCAAAUCGGGUGGCUGUCCCCGUUGUGGCCAACGCGUCUAUGACGCUGAAAAAGCCAUAGGAUGCCCUGGUGAUCUGAAAUUCCACAAGCGCUGCUUCCGUUGCCAGACCUGCGGCAAGUCUCUGGACUCGACUAAUCUCGCUACGAAGGACCUCGAGAUUUACUGUAAAACAUGCUAUGGGAAGAAUUUUGGACCCAAGGGAUUCGGCUUCGGUCAAGGCGCUGGCACCCUCAACAUGGGCUAA